AAUACAAUUUACAUAGGAUAAUAUGAGCAAAAUGAUGCAUAUUUUGGAUUUACCAGACACUGUGCUAAUGGAUAUAUUGGAGCUGCUCAGCUACGAUGAAGUAGCCCGGAAGCGUGAGGUAUGCGCUCGCUUCAACUACAUAUGCCAACAGGUGCUGAACACGGGCUUCAACAAAGUGGUGAUGGAGCAUGCCAAGCAUUUCCGACGAAUCAAAGCACUGCUGCCACGUCGUGAAUCGGAGAGGCGCAAUCACACACUGGCCCGUCACUCCGACGUUCUAACGUCCAUUGAGACGCGCAUCUCAAUGCUGACAAUGACGUACUCAAAGUUUAUAGAUUCCAAUCUUUGCUGUUUUAUACCGGGCCGUGUGCUGGACGAGAUAAGCGCCAUAUUGAAGCUGGUGGGCAGCUCACCGAAGCAGUUGCGUCCACACGAGGUAUUGCAAGAGCUGCGUGACAUCUCCUCCAUGGCCAUCGAACACUUCGACGAAAGGAUCGCUGUCAACUUUAAGCCGGUUAUCAAACUAAAUGACGCAGCCAGCAGUUCACGCGUCGUUGUAUGUGGCGCCCUGGGCGAUAUAAGUUUCAGUGGCGUUAAGGUCUCGCCGCUGGACAGGGCACGACAGCGACCGCCACAAGCCGAAUACAAUGAGAUGCUGACCUACGUGAAUCAGAAUAACGAGGAAUAUAUGCAGCAAUGCGAUUGCUAUCGCCUGAACCGACAUGUGCAUCGCCAGUGGCUAACACAGAAGAUGCUCUGUUCGAAGGUGCGUUUCCUUGAGUGGUCACGCAAGGCACAGGAUCGUCGCCUCCAGGAUGCACUGAGCAGCAUUACCGAACUGGCCGCCCAGGUGUCCGAACUGAAGCGUCAGCUCGAGGUCAAGCCAACCACCAGUGUGAUGAGUACGGGCGCAGUUAAACGCUCCACAGUCGGCACCGAUUGCAUGCAGCCCAGCAAGAAACCAAAGGCUCAAUGAGAGAGAUGCCUUAUGAAAGCUAUAUAUAUAUUUAUAUAUAUAUAUAUAUAAAUAUUCGAUUGUACUUAGCUUGGCCAUAGGUCAAGAUCUGUGCUUUGAAACAUUGGAUUGUAUAGACUUAAGUCUCGAUUAGGUUUAGUUCAUUAUUUCUUCAUAAGUAAAGUAAAGAUAUAUAUCUGUAUAGAGUCUGUAUAGUCUCCAUAAUAUACAUAUACAAACAACUUAAGCCUGCAUCAUUUAUAUUUCGAGUUAAGAUUUAUUGUUGCACUUUGUUAUUAUUUAAAUAUUGUAUUACAACUAUAUAAAUACAUAGAACAUCUUAAUUAAAGUCAUUCAAACCCAUUCUCUUUCUUUAAGUGUUUUAGUUUUAAUGGUUGUGGUUUUGGUUUGUCGAAAAUUGUGAGCUUAUCCGGUUAUAUAGCACUGGUGCAGAUAUAUUAAAUAGUACAUUACAUGGAACUGGAAC